AUGGACAAUGGAGCUACCAGGGCACUGCCAGGAGAUAGCAUCCUCACCAGCGCGGUAGAGUACUUCACCAGCGAUGGCAUUUUCAUCGCCUCGGAAGCUGUUGGGUUGUCAGCUGGAGCUCCUCACCCGCAGCUGUCAGCCCACAGAGCAAAGUUUCACAGCACCCUCGUUGCCGAGUGCAGACGCCUGCUGGGGGAGGACCGCCUCAUCCUCAACCACAGCUUCGUGCACUUCGAGCAGGGAGAGGAUGGAAUGCUUUCGCUGCAAUUUGAAAGCACCGACGCCAAGGCGCCGCAGCCUGCGGUUUGCUGCGACUUCCUGGUCGCCGCAGAUGGACUGAAAAGCCGAGUGAGGGCUUGUCUGCUAGGAUCGGCGGAACCAAGGUAUACAGGCCGGACCAUCUACAGGGGUCUUUGCGAAGUUGAUGGUGUGAGUGCAGAUGGCCGUACUGUGUCACUGUGCGGCGACCAAAACUGCAACUUCAUCUGCUAUCCGAUUAGCGAGAAGCUGAGGGAGCAGGGACGUUUCCACUGCAACUGGGGCUUCUGCACCCUCAGGCCACACCCAGGAGGCGUGGAGAGUUGGACGUCCUUGGCCAAGCUGGAGGACAUCCGUGAGGAGCUGGAGCGAAUGGGUGCCAACAGCUUUGCUGGCCUGACGCCCUUGCAGAUGGCGGAGCGGAGCGACAGCAUCAUCGGCUGGGCGCUCUUCGACCGAGAUCCUCUGGAGACCUUCGACUUUGGCCAGGUGACUUUGCUUGGCGAUGCGGCCCACCCCCUGCUGCCCUAUGGCAGCCAGGGUGCCACGCAGGCGAUUAUGGAUGCUGAAGCACUGGGUGUGAGCUACCAGAACGCGAUGCAGAGUGGAACAGGCAUCCGGGGCUGCAUCAAGGCCUAUUCCGACCUUCGCUGUGAGGUCACUGGGAAGGUCGUCAUUGCCAAUCGAGAGAUGGGCUCCACUGCAGUGCUGAAAGUCGUCGACCAGCAGACUGAGGGCCUCGAGCUGGAGGCCAAGCGCAAGUGGUGCAGCGAGCACGGAGCAAGGCUCCACGACGAGGUGAUCCAGAAGUACCGAGCCUCCAUGCCAAAGAGCGUUCGAGCGCGCAAGCCGACGGCAACGGCGUAA